AUGCCACCGACCACGUCCUACAGACGGCCACGCAUCCGCAAGUCUCGAGGACGGGGUCUGAGGACGAAGAAUGGAUGCAUAACAUGUCGGAAACGACACUUGAAGUGUGACGAGGUCAAGCCUAUCUGCGGGCCGUGUGCGAAAAAGGACAAGACCUGUGAAUAUCCUACGUCGGGGCGUCGCAGUCCGCCUCCCGAUCGGGCUAUUGACGUUGGUCCCGUGUCAGCCCAGGAAGCAACUCAGGGGCAGACUAAUGAUUCCCCUUCGGAUGUUGCAAUUCCAGGUCCUGUGCCCUAUGAGCCGCAUGACUCUACCGGCCUGUCAUGGAAUUGCUCCGACGCGGAUGUGAACCCCCCUCUGCCGGCGGUGCUGGAUCACCUGCCAGCGAGCGACCUGACUGUUAGCCAAAGUCCAAUAGCCUUUCCGCAUGCUUACCUGUCGCCCUCCAAUGCCUCCUUUGCGGCAGUGCGAUGGUUCGGGCUCCUCGCGAGUGACGCCGCUAGGGACAGUCCCCUGCUGUCCACUGCACCUAAUUCUCAUGCGAAUCAGGAUAUCUCCAUCGACCAUUACGGCGCUGAGGGGCUGAAACAGCCUCGGUCACUACAAUAUGCGACGCAGGUACUCGAUAACAUAGAUAUCGAUGGGGGCCCUGACGCAGGAGUUAAUGCGGGAGGCAGUCCGCUGGAGGAGGCACUAAUCUGGCAGUCACAAGAGUCAAUCGAGCUGUUGCCGACCGAGCAGGCUCUGUUCGAACACUUUGUCAAUCAACUCGACCUUUUCGACCCGACCAGUCAAUUCUCCACAUUCGUCGCCCAUCUAGCAAUCCACAACGCCGGUCUCAUGAACGCCAUCCUCGCCCUCGCCUUCCGGCACCUAGCCCUAAACCCCCGCCUCGACAACCAAGAAAUGCCCAACAAAGGCGAAGCCGCUCUCCAAUACUACUACCAAACCCUGCACUACGUGCAACGAGCGAUGCGCUUCUCAAGCUACAAAACCAGUCUCGAGCUCCUCGCCACCGCCCUCAUCAUCUCCGCGUACGAAAUGCUCGACAACUCCACCAAUGACUGGGAACGACAUCUCGAGGGCGUCUUCCUGAUUCAAAGAUCCCAGACGAUUCACGGCGAAUCGGGCGGUCUGCACUCGGCGGUUUGGUGGGCUUGGCUGUGUCAGGAUAUCUGGGCCGCUUUUCGCGAGAAACGUAAGACGUUGACGUUUUGGGUCCCGUCGAAGCCGCUUCCUGCGCUACUGCCGCAUGAGUUGGCUAUGCGGGCGAUCUAUAUCACUGCUAAGGUUAUUAGUUAUUGUGCCGAUAGUACGACGGAGGAAGAGAUGCAGCGGAAGGUUGAGGAGGCAAGUAGGCUCCGUGCUAUGUUGGAUGAUUGGCGACAACAUUUGACGGUGGAGUUUUCGCCGUUGCCGCUUGGACUAGCAUUGGCAGUUCAAUUUUUCAACGCCUCGUACACCCUCUUACUCGCGCACGAACCCAGUCUGGGAGGUCUUGAUCAGUACCUGAAGCGCCAAAGUGCAAUCAAGCGGCAUGUCGGGGAGAUAUGUGGGAUUGCCAUGAUGUUGAAAGAUAGUGCGUCUAGCUUGAUGUCGUCACAAGCGCUAUUCAUCGGUACGUGA